CAUCAUUCAGCUUCCGCCUUCACCUCUUUCUGUAGGUUCAUACCAAAACAUGUCAAGUCCGUCGCAGGUUGAGUUCUACUUUUGCGGGCCGCCCAUGAGUUCAGGCUCUGCAGAGCGAACUUACUAUGCAAGUUUCAGCCUCAAUGGCGUUGAGUACAAGGUUGGCGACCACGUCUUCCUGUAUCCAGAGGACGAGGGUGUCCCCCCGUAUGUUGGCAAAGUGUUGGCUUCUUUCGUUGAUACCACUGGUCGAGCAGCUGACCCGCACUGCGUCGAGGUUGCAUGGUAUGAGCGCCGCGCGCACCUCGAGCCUGCCGACUUCAAGAGCGCGGGCUGGGAGCGCGAGCUCGUCGCUCUAGAGGAGACAGACAUCAACCCCAUCGGGUGCAUUAGCGGCAAAGCUGUGGUGCUGAAGGCGGUGGACUACGAAGAGGCUUGCAGCGUGGCUAAGUCGCUGCCGGUUGCGGACUGGUUCUUUUGCCGCGGCGUCUACAAGCAGGCGGAGAACCGCAUUGCCGUGUACCCUGAGCUUCUUGAACAGUUGGGGUUGGACGAUGGAAGGAAAGCUGCCAAGCGCCCGCAAAGCGGUAUUAUUGGCGAAGAUGAAGGAGUGGCGGACAGCGACGAUGUGAAGCGCCAAAAGCUGGCCGAAGAGCUGCCUGUGGCGCCUUUGCGCCGCUCUGGAAAGCUUGUCAGUGGCCGCACAUGUGUGGAGUGCGGUGCAACACAAACUCCACAGUGGCGGGAAGGACCGGCAGGCCCAAAAACACUGUGCAACGCUUGUGGCGUUCGGUAUGUGCGGGCGCAACAGCGCGCCAACAAGCGCUCGGCGUCGGUGAGCGCAUCCCGGUCUGCAUGCGGGUCCGGUGGUCGGCAGUCGAGGACAUCCAAGGCCGCAAGGGCGGAGGCCGCUGCUGCGAGGAGCGCUGCCCGCACCGCGGCUGCUGCAGCAGCUGACGAGGCCUCUCAGCGGCCCCUGCGCCAGGCUGCCCUCAUGGCGGCCAGCAAGACGGCCCAGUUUGCUCGCACCGGCGUGUUCCCCCAGAGUGCGGAGGACCUGCAGCAGCUCUCGGGCCGGGGGGGCGGCAGCUACCAGCAGCUGCAGCUGCAGCAGCACUACCGGGCGCAACAGCAACAGCAGCUACUGCAGCAGCAGCUGGAAGAGGCUCUGAGCGCAGGGGCUGGUGUGGAUGCGGGUGCAAACCCGGGGGCACCCCCAGAGCCCCGACCCGACACCCCCAACUGCUCCUCCCUUCAGGAGUCGCACUCCUCCGCCGGCAGCCAUCACGAGGGAGUGGCGGUGGAGGUGGUGGUGGGGCCGGCGGAGGGGGAGGCGGAGGCAUGCGGGAGUGCGGUUAGCGGGGGCGGUAGCGGGGGCAGUGGGCGGGUAGAGCAGGACUGCCUCGCCAGCUGCGGUGCCAUGUACCCGGUAGCGCUGGGGGUGCCGCCAGGGGUGCUGCUGUCGCCGGCGGCGGCUGCAGCAGCGGCGGCGGCAGCUUCCCUGCCGAUGCCCGUGGUGGUGCCGGCAGCGGGGCCCACUCGCUUCGCUCCUGGGGUCAGCAUUGUAGCGCCUCUGGGGGUGGCAAUAGCAGCAGCACAGCAACAGCAGCAACAGCAGGCGCCUGUGGCAGCAGCAGCGGCAGUGCCAGCGGCUGACGCACGUGUGCAGCUGCUUCCUGGUGCCGCAGCGGCGGCAGGAGAGGGCUGCAAUGUGUUCCCCACCACCACCGCCGCCGCUGCUGCUGCGGGCGCUGCUGCAGACGCCCCCGGCGGCGGUUGCUGCAGCAGCGGUCCGGCAGCCAGUGGCAGCGAUGCGGGGUGCGCUGCGGGGUUCGUUCCCGUGGGCGCCUUCUACAGCGGCUGUGUGGCAGCAGGCGGUAACAACAUCAUUAGCACUGCCUGCAGCGCCGGUCGGGUUUGCUGCGGCGUGGAUAGCCCCGCAGCAACAGCAGCAGUAGUGGGCGUUGCCUCGGCUGCAGCUGCAGCCGCCGCAAUUCCGCCCGUCAUGUCCGUGCCAGUCUCGCCCAAUGCACGAUGUGACACGGACAGCUACCUAGUCCCGCACAGAGAUUGCACGGCGAACGGAGGAGCAGGGUGCGAUACCACCGUCGGGUGCAUGGGCAGCUUGUACGGCAGCUAUCUGUACGGUGGUAGUGCUGCGGGGGGCUUUGCCGCGCACGCAUCGCCGUUUGGUGACCCACGGGUCGGUGGUGGCGAGGAGGACUGCUGCGGGAGCUGCGGCGCUCUGGCGGGGCUGGGAGAGGAUGAGUACGGCCCCCUGGUGGAGGUGGACUUUGGCCUGGGGCCCGCAGAUGUGCUGUGCGGUGGCGGCCUGUUUGACGAUCUGCCCGCAGCUGCAGGGCUGGGUGAGCCCUCCGGCCCGCACUGCCCGCUGGGCCAGGGCGGCUGCGACCCGGCUGCCGGGGUCGACAGUGUCGCGGACCUUCCCUCCGUGGCCGCACGCGCCGCGCCCUUCUGUCCCGAGCUGACCCAUGGGUCAGAGGCCCGACAGCUCCUGGACGCCAUGCCGCUGCUGCUGCUGAACCCCGCCGCUGCCGCCGCAAACCACAACGACACCAACAACCCGCAGGAGCCUCAGGAACAGCAGCAACAACAACCAGAGCAGCCCCAGCCUCAGCAGCCCCAGCAGCGGCAGCAAGGGCCCAGUUUCCCAGGCGCUGCUGGUGUUGCGGGCGGGUCCCGGGGGGCGGUGCCCGAGGAGGCGGUUUCGGAGCUGCUGGAGUUGGGGCGGCAGGCGAGCCGGGCGGCGACUGAGGCGGAGGCUGCGGACGCGGCACUGCAGGCGGUUAGUCAGGUGUUGGAGACGCACCAGGAGGCUGCUCGCAGGGCCCGGCAGGCCGCCACCGCACGACUGGACCGCAUCCGGGAGUGCAUGGAGAGCAUGGGCGCGACAGCAGCAGCAGCCGGGGCAGAGGAGGAGGAGGCGGAGGCUGCUGCUGCUGCUGCCCCCGACGCCGUAACGGCUGCUGCCAUCGAGGACGUACGCGAUGAGGGUCCUCGCAGCCCUUGCGACAGCAGCCGCGACAGUGGCGCCCGUGGGGGCAGCGGCAGCCAUGCAGGGUGUGUGGUGCCGCUGACCUGCCUUGUGGGCGGUGCGGGUCGGGAGGGCGGUGUUGCCGCUGCGGAGAGCGGCGGCUUGACAGUGGCAGUGCGCUCAUAGGGGGAGUGAAGUUGGAUGGCGCGGGGGGGGUGGAUGUGUGAAGGGGACUUGUGAGGGGAUCGGUGCUGGGCCUCGUGGUGGCGAAGGGCGGAUGAUGUGCUACGUGCGGCUGACGAGGAGAACGUGCAUGAGGAAUGAUGAAAGGGAGAUACCCCCCGCAGGUUGUUGACCUUGCACUGUCGUUGGUGUGUCGGAGGGUGUUGGCGGGUUGAACCUACAUUGAAGAUUCGGACCCUUGUGGAGUGUGUGAAGGCGGAAAGCGGGAGAAAGUAAUAAAGUGUUAUGGAUUGGUCUUUUAACACCAGUUAUCAGUAACAAAUGUGUCAGUUCUGGUUGUGUUGUACAUUCCCGUGCUCGCUGCGUGUUUAUUGUUCGUUUGUUAAUACGUUGUUAAAACCACCCACAUUACAACCAAAGCCGUUUUGUUAGCUCAUAUUGUUUUGUUGUUCUUCUACUAGCCCUUGUCGUGGUUCACUUCACGGGCGUGGCAGUUAUCCAUCAACCAACUGUUGUACGUUUCCUUAACCCUGCCGUGCAAUGCCUCGGGUGCCUAUUCGCCGCUGCUGUUGCUGCUGCUCAUGACAUCGAAGAGAGCAGUUUAGCUAGGGGAAGGCUGCCCGUGGAUUGGCCUCUUUGCACAAUUUGUUUUCGCGCCUGUGUGCUGAUGCGUCAAAUUCAUUUUCGCUCAAGGUUUGUCGAGUUUAUGGGUGAAGUAAAAAAGAGGGGCAGCUUUGCAGUUAGUUUGUCGUGUCAGCUUUACGGGCUAGCAGCAGCAAGGUCGGUGCAAGACGGAAAAACAAAAAAGCACACAUAUACCGUUCGUGUCCUUAUCGGCGAUUGCUGUCACUUUUCGCGUGGUGUGUGUUCACACCGUUACGGACCGCCUUCUACCGCAUGCAGGCCUCGUGUUUUGGUGCUGUGGUGCGAUUUCGUUGCGGCUGUCCGGUGGUGGGUUGGGCUGAUGUGUCGUACAUGUCGGGAGUCCACAGUACGUACGGAAGAAGACGGGAGCGCGUGAGCUUUUGUUGUGUUGCGCACCCCAAGCUACCAGCACCAUUGCUGCUUUUGGUUGGUGUUUGUGGUGCUGUCGCUGUGUUGAUGGGAGUGGUGGAGUGCUGCUGCUGGUGGUGUGCUGCCAAACACAGGUAAAAAAAUCGUAAAGCAUUGCACGUUGUAUGUAUGUCCUUUUGUAUGCGCGUGUGUCAGUACUUAGGCGCAAACGUAUUAUAACACCCUCAAAAAAUUCUUGCUUGGCAGGUGGCAGGUAGUGUGCUGUAGUAAGUGGAGCGUGGAGAGGCACGGGCGUAAUGUUUUAAGCGUUUCGUGGCUUUGGCCGAUCCGUGCUUGCAAGACGUUAGGAUGUGCGGGCUUUUCCUUGUCAUGACGGGGCGCAAUGAAGCUCCUCAAUUGCUUACCAGGAGGCUUGCUAGGAACAGGUCAGCAUGUAGUGUUGUUGCUUGAUUGCAUUCGGGCUAAAGGCGCAUGCUUCUGGUUUGGGAAUUGAGGAGUCAGCGCUUCUCUGCAGAGGCUGGAUUUGUCGACAGGAGUGGUGUUGAUGCAACUUGUGACGCUUGAACUCAAUCUCCUUAACGCCCCUGAUAGGCCUUUUUACAAGUUGAUUCGUGUGUCGGUGCAAAUGUUUGCAAAGGCGGCUUGCAGGAGCACAUGUGCGGAGAAAGAACCGCCAAACAUGUAAGAGGCGGAUGUGUGUGUUGUGUGCGUGUGCGUAUGUGUAUGCUGAGCACAUGUGAGUGGCAUGGGGCCGGCUGUGCAUUCGCCCGGCAAUGCGAGUGCAUGUAGCCGGGAGUGCGUUGGGCGUUAGCUCCAGAGCCGCUGUUACGGUGUCUGAGCGCCCGUCAUUUUCAUAGUCUUGGGUGCCUUAUACUGCCCUGAAGCGCAAAAAAUACGAAAAAUAGGUCUAAUUGCAUCUAAAGCAUUACAGGGGGUGUGAGUGCCGUGAGUGUUUUCAUGCAUAUGUGUGUGCGUCGUGAGAAUGCGUGUCUCUGUGUGUGUGUUGAGUGCGCGCAGGUUGGAUGCGUGGGGGUCUACCUAGUCUGGCCGCGAGUCGGAUUCGUGUCAGGCAGAAAACUGGCCGCAUGCACUGUGCACAUGUGUGAAUGAGCUGACGAAAUGGGCAUGUGGCCAGCAGCAGGUGCGCUGCUGCAUGGGUAGCCGCAGGAGAGUCCUGUGGAGCGCUGUGCGCUGCCAGCUAGUCUGGAGGCGGAUGUGUUGAGCGCGUAGGCCACUUGCCAUUUGCGUGUGUGGUAAGAAAAUUGGGGUGUGUAGUGUGAAGUGUGCCUUGCAUGGUUGGUCUUGCAUGUCAAGGAAUGUGUGCAGCUCCGCUGGGUGAGUUUCCGCGGGUCUGCAUGUCACAAUUUGCGUAACCUGCGCGUGUGUUUGUUGUCCAGCGCAUGCAUGUGCAAUGCCUGUGUGUUCGUUGUGUGUUAAGAAAACUGGCCGCGAGUGCAUGCACUUGAGAGGGGUGAUUGCAUGAGUGAUGUGUAGGCCGGCGUUGGAAGGGGCAGUUUCAUGUUGAGGAAAGCAUGUAGACCCCAGCACCUAUCUAGUCACAAAAGAGUGAGAAGCACUUGCGUUUUUGCAGGAAGGAGGAAGGAGUGUGCGUGGGGAUUUUGCUCUCUCGGACUUCGGACAUUAAAUAGGUGAGGCGCGGUACUCAACACGAUACCUUAUGGCGCACGUUUUAAAAUGAAGGGUGCGAAGCGGCGCGCGCCGGGUGCCGGUCUUUUUUGUGGCGGUUGGCGGCUUUGGCGAAACCGUUGGCGGUUGGUUACAGAUCCGAGAGCUGAAGCUGUAAGGUGCUACUGGUCUUGAUCCUCUAACGGUUGUUUGAGCGCGCGGCGUUUACUGGGGUAAAUGCGUGUGUCGGGUAUGGCUAUAAGAAAUCCGGAUGCUAACGAAACUGGGAACUGAAUAAUAGCCGUGUCAGAAUGUGUGCGUUUGUGUCGCCGUACAGCGUUCAUGGUGUUGUGUACAGUCACGUGGGUACGACUUGGGACUAUUCAAGUCAAUUAUGGGGAAAAGGCAUAUAGGUAUGGGGCUUGGCAUAUGGUGCGACCGAUCGUGCCAACAACCACUUUUCGCUCUCCGAGUAACGAACGGACACCCGCCUCAAGCUAUAACAGAAGUGCGCGCCCCUGGCGUUGUGCUUCGUCGGACCCUGCAGCAGCCCUGUUACUGUCGUGAUGCUGUUUAGGCCUCGAGGUGCGGGGUGUAUGCUGUAAGGAGGUAGCGCAGGUUGGACAUGUUUUACCACAAUCAAGGCGCAAGCUAUAGCACUGAUUAGCUUUCCAGUGGCAUUGACGCCACCCUUUGUUACAUGGCCGGCAAGCCGCCACGAGCACGGUACAUAAUUCUCAUUGCUGUUGUGGGUUUUUUACCUUUUUUUCUCCGGAAACAAUUGUCUGCCGUACAAAGUGGGGGCUGGUCGUACAAUAUAGUGAAAGAUGGGGAGGAGCACGCACGUAUACUGUUCGGUGCGUAUAUGUUCAUAUGUCUUUUGGUGGCGUUGAGAAGAGGGCCCAUCUGGCUGUUUAGAACUCUUAAACAUGGUUUUUCCAGAUACGAGGCUUCUGUUAGCGCUUUUACCCGUACUAUAGUCGCUAGGGAUCUCGGUAGGGUAGUCGCCAGGGGCUUCUCCUUAUUUUUGCAAAGUAGCGGAAUGGCCAUACAACAUACAUACGAGCUACACCCCUGCUGCGUGGGUUGUGCGGCUGUCAUAGGCAAUGUCGCGCGUCGCGGCAAAAUGAAAAACGUGAAUACUGAUGGUGUCCCUCAUGUACUGCAAUUCAAUGAAAAUAUCCGGGACACAACGCCG